AGUUGAUGUCUAGCUCGUUACCUGGCAUGAGGAAAUAAACCUAUUUGCGUUCUUAUUAGUAUUAUUACAGAUAUUAGUCAUUGAUAUCGUGUUAGAUGGUGUGGUGACUCUGUGGUAUCGUAUAUCUGUCAAUUACGGACUUUUUUAGUAGGAUAAGUUAAUUGUGUUAGCAACAAGUGUGGAGAUUAACAAGUGGGUUUGUUAGCUAGCACUAAGCUAGCACUUAGCUAGCACUAAGCUAGCACUUAGCUAGCACUUAGCUAGCCCUAACCCCUGAUAAUGAUGUUUUAAAUAGUAUUAUUGAAAAAAAAAACAGAAACAUAUCUAUUAAUAUGUAAUAAAAACACUAUAACUUAAAAGAACUAGACACUAGUAGUAACAGGCUGACAGUCACUGAGAAAUGAUGCUGUUUUUUCUCUUAAAAAACUAGAUUAAUUUUAAACUAUCUUUAAACUCGCCUGUGGUAGUAAAAAAGCUCUGAAAAUGGCAAAUGUUCUGGGAUUAAAGAUGAGCCUGAAUUCCUUAAGAAGGAAACAACCGAAGACUUUCAGUGUCAGGAUUUUGUCCAUGGAUGCAGACCUGGAGUUCAGCUGUGAGGUGAAGUGGAAAGGGAAGACUCUGUUUGAGCUGGUAUGCAGAACGUUGGGGCUCCGAGAAACGUGGUUCUUCGGCUUGCAGUACAUCGUCAAAGACACAGUGGCCUGGCUGAAGAUGGAUAAGAAGGUUUUAGACCAAGAUGUUCCUAAACAGGAACCCAUCGUGUUGAGCUUCCUGGCAAAGUUUUACCCAGAAAACGCUGAGGAGGAGCUCGUCCAGGAUAUCACACAGCAUCUCUUCUUUCUACAGGUCAAGAAGAAGAUUCUGGAAGAAGAGGUGUACUGUCCGCCUGAAGCCUCAGUGCUGCUCGCCUCAUACGCUGUACAAGCAAAGUACGGAGAUUACGACCCCAACGUCCACAAACCAGGCUUCCUGGCCCAAGAGGAGCUCCUACCUAAGAGGGUGAUUAAUCUCUACCAGAUGACUGCUGAAAUGUGGGAGGACAGAAUCACCCUAUGCUACGCUGAGCACCGAGGGAAGACCAGAGAUGAAGCCGAGAUGGAGUAUUUAAAAAUAGCUCAGGAUUUGGAGAUGUACGGGAUCAAUUACUUUUUUAUUCGGAAUAAAAAGGGGACGGACCUGCUGCUUGGCGUCGAUGCUCUCGGCCUGCACAUUUACGAGCCGGAGAAUAAGCUGACACCUAAAAUCUCUUUCCCUUGGAAUGAGAUCCGCAACAUCUCCUACAGCGACAAGGAGUUUGCUAUUAAACCUCUGGAUAAGAAAGCAGAUGUGUUCAAAUUUAACUCCUCCAGACUGAAGGUGAAUAAGUUGAUUCUACAGCUGUGCAUCGGGAACCACGACCUGUUCAUGAGGAGACGCAGAGUGGAUUCACUGGAGGUGCAGCAGAUGAAGUCUCAGGCCAGAGAAGAGAAAGCUCGCAAACAGAUGGAGAGGCAGAGGCUGGAGAGAGAGAAACACUUGCGUGAGGAAGCUGAGCGAGCGAGGGAUGAGUUGGAGCGAAGACUCCUCCAUCUACAGGAUGAAGCUUUUCUGGCCAACGAAGCUCUGCUGCGCUCAGAGGAGACGGCUGAUCUGUUAGCAGAGAAAGCUCAGAUCGCUGAGGAAGAGGCCAACCUGUUGGCUCAGAAGGCAGCCGAGGCAGAGCAGGAGAUCCAGCGGAUUAAAAUGACGGCGAUCCGCAGCGAGGAGGAGAAAAGGCUGAUCGAACAGAAGAUGCUGGAGGCUGAGAUGCUCGCCCUUAAAAUGGCUGAAGAAUCUGACAGGCGAGCCAAGGAAGCCGAUCAGCUGAAGCAGGACCUGCAGGAGGCCAGAGAGUCUGAGCGCAGAGCCAAAUAUAAGCUGCUGGAGAUCACCAGCAAAUCACCUUACUCGGCCAUGGCUCUGCCUUCAAACAUCCUCCCAUCUGACCUGAGCUUCAGCAUGGAGAACCUGAGCUUUGACUUUAAAGACACUGAUAUGAAACGCCUGUCUAUGGAGAUCGAGAAGGAAAAGGUGGAGUACAUGGAGAAAAGCAAACACCUACAGGAGCAGCUGAACGAGCUGAAGACGGAGAUCGAGUCCUUGAAGUUGAAGGAGCGAGAGACUCAUCUGGACAUCCUCCAUAACGAGAACACCGAGAGAGGCACGAGCAAGCAGAGCAACUUCAAAAAGUUGACACUACAGAGCGCCAAGGCAAGAGUGGCUUUCUUCGAAGAACUGUAGCUGACCAAAGUGUGUGUUUGUGUGUCUGUGUGUGUAGUAAUAGCCCUGUGUGUUUGGUAUUAAAGAUUUUUUUUUCUUUUGUCAGUGUUAGAAUGUACUUUUUGUGGUUUUGAAGUGACCAAAUUUGAACACUGUAUGUGUGAGAGUGAAAGUGUGUGUGUGUGUGUGUGUGUGUGUAUAUGUAAGAGUGGUUGUGUGUGUGUGUGUGAGAGAGUGGGUGUGAGAGAGUGGGUGUGAGAGAGUGGGUGUGAGAGAGUGGGUGUGAGAGAGUGGGUGUGAGAGAGUGGGUGUGAGAGAGUGGGUGUGUGAGAGUGGGUGUGUGAGAGUUGGUGUGUGUGAGAGUGGGUGUGUGUGUGUGUGUGAGAGUGGGUGUGUGUGUGUGUGUGAGAGAGUGUGUGUGUGUGUGUGUGUGUGUGUGUGAGUGGGUGUGUGAGAGAGAGUGUGUGUGUGUGUGGGGGUGUGUGUGAGAGUAUGGGGUGUGUGUGUGUGUGAGAGAGGAGAGGCUGACUUUACUUCACACUUACUGUGAGACAGAGGAGUGAACACUAGAUUGCGACUGUUGCCUCAUCCACACACUUCAACCCCAGCGUUUAUCUUCAUUCCAGCAUUUUGAAGCAGAAUCAGGAGAAAAAAAAGAUGCUGCUUUCACACACACACACACACACACACACACACACACACACACUACCUUCUGCAGUCCUCCUCUUUCGUCAGAGAACUGGAACAAAAACUUUCUCUUCAAUCUGUUUUUUCUGAAGUGUUGACUGUGUUUUAUAUAAAUCCUGUGUAAAAAGCUCUAGGUUUCUGUUCCCGCUGAGGCUCGAGCUCAAUUUGUAAACUUUUAUCAACUGCAGAUUUUUUUUCUCUCAUUUUUUUAUUUUAUUUAUUUUUUUUUUUGAAGGUGUUUUAGGAUGCUGUGGUUACACUACACUCACUUUAAUGGAGGCUUGUGGAGGUGAAGUUUGUUCCAGGCACAUUUCUUUAAAUUCUACCUCCACUCAGGCUUCAUAACACAUCCAUAAGCGCUCUGUAAAGCUUUGUAAAUCUUUGUGCGAUGGUUUUGGUGCGUGUGUAUUGUAUUAUUUCAUCAAUUAAAAUUUUCUUUAAUUUUUA